AUGAUGAUGAUGAUGAUGAUGAUGAUGAUCAUACUCAACAGCAUCAUCUCCCGUUUUUCAUCCUGCCACAGGAGGGAGAGAGACAACCACGCCGCUGAUGACUCCGAGGGAGGGGCCCUGGACAUGUGCUGCAGUGAGAGGCUGCCGGGUCUCCCCCAGCCGGUAGUGAUGGAGGCCCUGGACCAGGCCGAAGGGCUCGCGGACUCGCAGAGAGAAAUGCCACCACCACCCCCUGCGUCACCACCCUCAGAGCCAGCUCAGAAGCCGCCACCUCAAGGCACCAGGAGCUACUCCCUCACGGUCAAGAGCAGCCUGUGCCUAUUAGCUGCCUCCCAGUUCCUGCUUGCCUGCGGGAUGCUCUGGCUCAGCGGCUAUGGCCCCAUCUGGUCACAGAAUGCCACACUCCUGGAACAGCUGGGACCCAGGGCCUGGCUGGGCGUUGAGACCUGGGAAGUCUCCAGCCUGCUGCUGGUCUCUCUGUCUGUGCUCCUCGUCACCACCCUGGUGUGGCACCUCCUGAGGGCUCCCCCAGAGCCACCCACCCCACUGCCCCCCGAGGACAGGCGCCAGUCGGUAAGCCGCCAGCCCUCCUUCACCUACUCGGAGUGGAUGGAAGAAAAGAUCGAGGAUGACUUUCUGGACCUGGACCCCGUCCCCGAGACUCCUGUGUUUGACUGCGUGAUGGACAUCAAGCCUGAGGCUGACCCCGCCUCACUGACCGUCAAGUCCAUGGGUCUGCAGGAGAGGAGGGGCUCCAAUGUCUCCCUGACCCUGGACAUGUGCACACCCGGCUGCAACGAGGAGGGCUUCGGCUAUCUCAUGUCCCCACGCGAGGAGUCAGCCCGAGAGUACCUGCUCAGUGCCUCCCGCGUGCUCCGGGCCGAGGAGCUCCACGAAAAGGCCCUGGACCCCUUCCUGCUGCAGGCAGAAUUCUUUGAAAUCCCCAUGAACUUUGUGGAUCCAAAAGAGUAUGACAUCCCUGGGCUGGUACGGAAGAACCGGUACAGAACCAUCCUUCCCAACCCUCACAGCAGAGUGUGUCUGACUUCACCAGACCCUGACGACCCUCUGAGUUCCUACAUCAACGCCAACUACAUCCGGGGUUACGGUGGGGAGGAGAAGGUGUACAUCGCCACUCAGGGACCCAUCGUCAGCACGGUCGGCGACUUCUGGCACAUGGUGUGGCAGGAGCACACGCCCAUCAUUGUCAUGAUCACCAACAUCGAGGAGAUGAACGAGAAGUGCACUGAGUAUUGGCCAGAGGAGCAGGUGGUGUAUGACGGCGUGGAGAUCACCGUGCGGAAAGUCAUUCACACUGAGGAUUACCGGCUGCGGCUCAUCUCCCUCCGGAGUGGGACCGAAGAGCGAGGCCUGAAGCAUUACUGGUUUACGUCCUGGCCCGACCAGAAGACCCCAGACCGGGCACCCCCACUCUUGCACCUGGUGCAGGAGGUGGAGGAGGCCGCCCAGCAGGAGGGGCCCCACUGUGCCCCCAUCAUCGUCCACUGCAGCGCAGGGAUUGGGAGGACUGGCUGCUUCAUUGCCACCAGCAUCUGCUGCCAGCAGCUGCGGCAGGAGGGCGUGGUGGAUAUCCUGAAGACCACGUGCCAGCUCCGUCAGGACAGGGGCGGCAUGAUCCAGACGUGCGAACAGUACCAGUUUGUGCAUCAUGUCAUGAGCCUCUAUGAGAAGCAGCUGUCCCGCCAGUCCCCAGAGUGACCUCACUGCCCCCCGAGGUCCUCUGGGCACCACCCAGUCUGAGUCUGGGCCCUUACCCCAGC